AUUAAAGAAAUAAAAAUUUGUCAGCAAUGUGUUUCAGAUGUAUGUAUGUAUAUUUGUGCACGUGUGCAUGAGAACGAACCACGGUUUGUUUUUAUUUGCUCUUCUGAGAAGGUGUGAGUGUGGGGAUAUUCCCUGUUGUUGCACAUUUAGACUGUCCCCGAUACCUUUGUAAUUAAUUCUAUUAAGAAACUGUUGGCACAUAGAUUUUGUUUUGUGGAUACCCUGGUCACAUCUUUAUAGGAAAUCAAAGGAGGUAUAAAACAGUGUGAAUUGCCGCAUCCUUUAUUCCAUUUCUAUGACCAUUUAUUUUAUGCCAGUUUUGUACCCGUUUCUCUCACACAUUGGUUUGAAAGAAACUUGCCUUCAUAUUUUAAAACUCUUGGAAGAGUCAGAAAUGUACUGGAUGCCUACCCUUCUGAAUAUGAGAGAACUGAAAUACUCGUGCCCUGAUGCCCUUUCGUUCGUAUGUUACUAUGCUCAUUCAGUACUGCGCAGUUGGGUGGAAAAGGUCAUCAGACGAGCCUUAGAGCCUUAGAGCUGGCAUAGCUUUAAGUCUGAUCUAGUGUGACUAUCUCUGCAGGCUAGAUUCCAGAAUGGUGAUCUUUCAUAUAAUAUACAUGGGUGUCGGAGAGUUUGUAUAAUACCAAUAUAUCCUUUCCUUUAUGCCUUUCCUUGUACUAUGAUAAGUUUUGCAUUAUAGCUCUUUGAGCUGCCAUUGCUUUGAGAAUGUAUCUGUCUUUAUAUAUUUACCCAAGUAAUGAUUUUAUCAUUGGAAAUGAUGCAAAGCAUUACACUUUGUACAUAGAUUACACAUUUGGAUAAUGAUUUAAAAUGUUCUGAUUAGAAUGGUGAUAAGGAGUAAUCCUACCUCUUUCAGGAAUUUUUUGAAUGCGAAAUGGAGUAAUGUGUGAAACAGAAAUCGGCAGAAGGAAGAGGAAAGUGCUAACCACUGUAUUUUAGAAUUCCGAUUCCAAAGGACUCUGCUUAGCCAAUGAAUUUUCAGAGUUCCUGUUAAACUGGUAUGGUAAUUUUAAGCAUCUUGCAAAAGUUAAAAACUGUUUGAAUGGUGGUGUUGUCAGGUUCUCUCUGAUUGAGUAUUUAAUUGUUUGACUACCAUACACACAAAAAGAAACCUGAUAUAUGUUUGUAUGCAGAACUAGUAGCGAGGUGUUGAAUGUAACUGAAUUCUUUGUAGAAAUAAAUUCCAGGGCAUAGAUUCCUAUAGCUGAAUUUAUUUUAGAGAUCAUGUUGUAUCAUAAUCUGUGACAUGUGUGGUGUGCAUUCCAGGUGUGUGGAAUUAUGAGACACAUAUGAAAGAUAAUGAAUCUGGAGUACCUGGGUUGCUCAGUCGGUCAAGGGUCUGACUUCGGCUCUGGUCAAGAUCUCGCUGUUCAAGCUCCAUGUCUGACUCUGUGAUGACAGCUGGAAACCUGGAGCCGGCCUCAGAGUCUGUGUCUUCUUUUGUCUCUUCUCCUCCUCUGCCUGGACUCUGUCUUUAUCUCCCUCUCAAAGAUAAAUAAACAUCAGAAAAAGACUUUUAAAGAUGCUGAAUCUCCCUCUGUCUGCAUCUCUUUCCUAUUCUCUCUGAUUUUCCUUCGUCUUUUCCCUCAUCCCCAUUUUCUCUGAAAUGCACACAUAUAUUUGUAGCACUUUAAGCCUACAAAAGACCUUUUGUAACUAUGACUGAUGCAGACACAGGCCCAUUAUGUGAUUUAUCUUACAUUAAAUGUUAAUGAUUUACUUUUUGUGGUAAUGUGGAACUAAAUUGGAACUAAUUGAUCAAUUUCAUGAGUACCUCAUUUAUUCAAAUAGUUACUUAUAAAAUGUCAUGUCCUGUCUUAUAACAUGAUAAAUCCACUUCCUGCCUACUUUUUUUUUUGAAGAUUUCUUUUAAAAAUUGCUAAAUACUUGGUCUUGACAGGAAGCAUGUGGUAAGAAAGAAUGGACCCGAAAAAUGGAAGUUCUUUCACUGGCUUUAUCCUGCUGGGUUUCUCUGACCGGCCUCAGCUGGAGCGAGUCCUCUUUGUGGUUCUUCUGAUCUUCUAUCUGCUCACCCUGCUGGGAAACACAAGCAUCAUUGCGUUGUCCCGCCUGGACCCACACCUGCAGACUCCCAUGUACUUUUUCCUGUCCAACCUAAGCUUUCUGGACCUGUGUUACACGACCAGCACUGUUCCUCAGCUGCUGGUUCAUCUCAGGGGAGCAGACAAGUCUAUCUCCUUCGGUGGCUGUGUAGCUCAGUUAUUCGUUGUUCUAGGGUUGGGAGGCACAGAGUGCAUUCUGUUAGGGGUGAUGGCAUUUGACCGCUACGCAGCCGUCUGCAGGCCCCUGCACUACACAGUGAUCAUGCACCCCCGUCUCUGUGCCCUGAUGGCUUCUGCAUCGUGGUUCACUGGUUUUGCCAACUCCUCAUUGGAGACGGUGCUCAUUUUUCUUGUACCGCUUUGUGGGAAGAAUAAAAUAGACCACUUCUUUUGUGAGGUUCCCCCAUUGCUCAAGCUUGCCUGUGUUGACACCACUGUGUAUGAGUCUGAGAUCUUAUUUUUCAGUAUGGUCUUUCUUUUCAUACCUGUGGCAUUAAUCACAUUCUCCUAUGGUCGGAUAGUCAGGGCAGUGUUAAGAAUAAAGUCAGCCGCAGGACAGAGGAAAGUGUUUGGGACAUGUGGGUCUCACCUCACGGUGGUCUCCCUGUUCUAUGGCACGGCCAUCUAUGCUUACCUGCAGCCCAGCAACAACCACUCCCAGGAUCAGGGCAAGUUCGUUUCUCUCUUCUACACCAUCGUCACCCCCAUGGUCAACCCCUUCAUAUAUACACUGCGGAACAAGGAUGUGAUGGGAGCAAUGAAGAAGGUUUUCUGUAGGGGCUCCAUAUGACUGGGGGGAAGAGCCUUCAUGGAAGACCUUGAAUGUCAGAGGCUUGAAGAGUUUGUGUCCUCCACAUUUCCUCCAACAUAUCCCCUGACGACUCUCAAGAGAAUUACCUUACCUCUUUGUUUUAAGCAACUGGGUGUUCAAACUCUGAAUUCAUGGAUUCAACAGUGCAAGAGAGUUCCCAUUUCUAUAUAUCCUUGACAACACCUGUUGUUCGUGUGUUGUUGAUUUUAGCCUUUCUGACAUGGAUGAAGUGAUAUAUCAUUGUGUUUUUGAUUUGUAUUUAACUGAUAAUCAGUGAUGUUGAGCAUCUUUUGAAGUGUUUUUU